CCCUGGGCUGGUGGCCCGGCCCGCGCAGCCAGCGUCUCCCCUCUGCCUCUCCCUGUCUCGGUCCGGGCUUCCGCUCGCCUUCUCUCUCUCUGUCUCUCUCUGUCUCUCCGGCCUCCCCUCGGAGAUGAGGCCCGGGUCGGCGCUCUGGGCCAGCCCACUCUGCUCGCUCCGGUCCUAGGAGGAGCCGGGAGGGCUGCACGGGACAGACGGACCCGCGGACACACAGACCCGGGAGCCCAGGAGAGGAGCAGCCGCCACCUCCUGUAGCCUGUCACCAUGGAUACCCCAUCCCUGGACUCAGCCAUCCAGCAUGCCCUGGCAGGCCUGUAUCCCCCAUUUGAGGCCACGGCACCCACCGUCCUGGGUCAGGUAUUCCGUCUCCUGGAUGCCAACUUCCAGGGGGAUGGGCUGAGCUUCCUCCUGGAUUUCCUGAUCCCUGCCAAGCGCCUGUGUGAGCAAGUGCGAGAAGCAGCCUGUGCCCCCUACUCACACAGCCUCUUCCUGCACGAGGGCUGGCCACUCUGUCUGCGGGAUGCGGUUGUGGUCCACCUGGCCCCUCUCAAUCCCCUCUUAUUGCGCCAAGGUGACUUCUAUCUCCAAGCUGAGCCCCGGGAAGAGCAGUCUGUCUGCAUCAUGAUCAAAUACCUCUCCUUGGACCUCUGCAGAGUGGACAAGAGGCCUGUUCCUGAGUCAUCCCACCCUAUACUUUUCACCCAAGAAUGGCUGGAGGCCAUCAACAGAGACCUUGAGGGAUGUCCCCUACACAGCUGCCUGGUAGCUUCAGAAAAUGGGAUUUCCCCUGUGCCUUGGACCAAGAUAACCAGCCCAGAGUUUGUGGAUGACAGACCCCAAGCAGCAAAUGUCCUCUCCCCACCCUGGGGGUCCCUUCAAUUAGAGGCACUUGAUUUGAGCAGCCCCCAAGAGCUGCACCAGGCCACGUCCCCAAGCACUCAGGUGUUUCUUGCCCAGAGUUUGACCAAGGGGAAGGGCAGAACACAUGGGAACAAGUAUCCAGGACUCAUCAAAGUGGAGCAAGCCAGGCCUGGAGAGGUGGCCUUCAGGAUGGACGCUGUGGGCAGCCAGGACUUGGAGGGAGACUAUGUGGCUCUCUCUCAAGGGAGCAGAAAAGGGUAUCCCAGUAAGGAGGUGGAGACAUCCAGUGGGUGCUCUUUCGGGGCACUGGAGGAAGUAUCCAAAACUAAGGAAAUCCCUCUCUCUCAAAAGAUGCUGCCUCUCUCAGGAGCCAAUGGGGGAUCUACCCUGGAGAAAUGGACUUGUGUAAAGUCAGCCAGCUCAGAGGAAGAAUUCUGCAUCGAGGGCUUGAAGAGCAAAGUCGACCAUAAAGUACCUGCUUGCGACUCAGAACGCCAGCCCCAAGAACCCUUCCUCAAUGUCCUUGAGAACCCACCGAACUGUGCCUGGGGCUCUGAGGUGGGUGUCUCAGAAAAGCCAGCUGCCUCUGAGACCCAGGGACCUCGGGGACACCCAGAGAAUAUGACCCAGCCCAGGACUGGAUCAAGGCAAGCUUCCUCUUCCCACCUGGCCCCAGCUUCUCCACCUGAUGCUCCAGCCCUUGAAACAAAGGUAGAGGAGAGGACCAGAUGGGGAAAUGGGAGACUUCCCAAGACGAUGACUGGCCCUGGUCAAAACACCUCCCCCUCUGGGUCCCCCACUCCUGGGCUCAAAUUCUUGUUCUUGAAAGGGCAGAAACAACCUCUCGUGCCCCCAGAGAAAGCCUCUCUCCAGCACGACGGGCCCUGGAAAGUCCUGUGCUCUCUCUACUCUCCCAAAUCCAACCGAGCCAAGCCCUUGGGAAAAGCUGGAUCAACUCAGACCAAAACAUCUGGCCGGGCCGCUGACUCAGACUCAUUGACGGGGGCGAAGAAUGGUUUCCCAGAAGCUUCUGCAGGCCCUCCAGAAGGAGGUUCCAGCUUGGAUGAGGCACUCCCAGGGUCUGAGCCCAGAGUUGGGGCUCUGAGUGACAAGAUCUUCUGCUCCAGGAUAGCAUGCCUGCCAGGCGGUCGGGACAGGGCAGGGCGGCCCCUGCUUCUGGUGUCAACCGACGAAGUGGCCUGGGAGGCACCAUGGUGCUUGGCCUCGGAGGUCACCAAGCUACUCUCCUACCUGUGCACCAUCUCCAGGCCUGAAGCUGAAAUCAAGGGGCUGGCGGUUGUGAUUGAUGCCAGGAAACAGCCCCCACAUCCCAGUCUGAUCAGUGCCCUGCAAGCUUCCCAGGCUCUGGUCCCAGCCUCCAUCCAUACUGUGCUCUUCCUGGGGGAGAAGGAGGCUGCUGCCCAGCUGGAGACAUUACCUGAUAUCCAGGUAGAGGUGCUGACCUCACUGAAAGCCCUCAGCCACCACGUGGAACCCAGCCAGCUGCCUGCAGCCCUGGAAGGCUCCUUCCCCUACUGCCACAGCGAGUGGGUGCAAUUCUUCCAGAAGUUAGACCCCUUCCUUGCUGACCUCCGCCAAGCUUCCUCCCUGCUACAGGCCUCCACUGAGGAGUUCAAGAAGGGUGACCCCCCAGGGGGGGUGCAGGAGGCCGCCACGUGCCUGAGCAAGUCCAAGGAGCUGAUGGAGGCCGUGCUGCGGGAGCCGGGCCUGCUGAGCCUCCAGCGGGAGGGCGGAGCCACCCUGGCCAGGCUGCGGCGGGAGGCGAGCAGGCUGCACUACAGCCCUGAGGUCAGAAGCCACCUGGCUGAAGCCACUGCCCUGUACGGCCUCGUGGAUGAGCAGCUGCACGUCCUGGUCACUGCAUCCAACCACCUCCUGAGGAGGCUGGAGCUCCAAGUCCGCCUGGGCUGCCUGGAGGCCGCCAUCCGCCAAGUCAGCGACUGGAUGGAGCAGGAAGGAAGCCGGGGCCUGCAAGCGCUCGCCCCCAAGAACGGAAGCUUGGAGGCAGUGGAGAAAGCCCACACCGAGUUCGAGGAGUUCUUCCUUCAGGCCGCAGCCCAGUACCGCCGUGGCCUGGAGCUGUCCAAGCAGGCGGCCCAGCUGGGAGCUGCAGCAGGAGAGGCCAGCCAGGUGGAAGAAGCAGGAUUCCCGGAGCUGGCAGCCUUCACCACCACCCAGAGGGCCUUCCAGGUUAAGCUGACCCACUUCUACAUGGCGGCCGAGAGGCAGCGCACGGACUUUGGGUCACUGCUCCACCUCCACCGCUUCUGCAAGAAGAUGACCUGGUUCCACAUGGACUGUCAGGACCUAAUGACCCAGCUCAGGUGGGGCAAGGCCCAAGGGGCCAGCCCUGGGGACCAGCGCCGCCUCCACCGCUACCUGCAGCGACUGGCAUCCGAGUUCCCUGCUGAGAAGCUCACGGCCAUGGGGCUGCAGGUGGCCUCGCUGAGCCAGGAGGGCCUGGGCCAGGACCUGUGGGAGGAAGCCCAGGCACGGUAUGAGGAGAUCCAGAUCCUUCUGAAGAAGGCAGUGGCUCACUGCCCACAGCAGGCUGCUCCCUCUGCUCACGUGGCAUGUCCAGAACCAAGGGGGGCAGCUGCCAAGGUCCCUGGUCCAAACGGAGAAGUCGCUUCUGGAGGAAGGUGGGCCCUGCCCUUACAGGACUCACUGGGCAUGGAUCAUUUACCAAAAUCCUGUUGGCCUCUUCGGGCCGCCCGAAGAGGGCAGAACAGGAAGUUCCAGCCUGGCCCUCCCCCCGAGGAAGCUGGCUGGGCUGUAGGGACAGAUAAAGGCCAAGGCCCCCAGGAGCCCCUUGAUCCUGCCCCUGAGCGAACCCCCACCACCCCCUUCUCCUGCCAGCGGCCCCCCAGGCAGCUGGGCCUCAGUUCUCACAGCCAGGUCCCCCGCCCCACUGGGGGCAGCCUCUCCUCAGAUGGGACAGACUCCCAGACGUCUCUGGAGGACUCACCCCGGACAAGUCCCCGUGUGUCCCUCUAGCUGGGACCCCUAAGCUCCAAGGGGUGCCUGGGGCGGGGUCAGCUGAAGAGGGAGCAGGGGAGGCUGACCAAGCCCACUGAGGCAAAGCUCCUGAACAGUUUGUGCGCGGUCCUUAUUGUACAUCAGGCCUGUGCUGCGAGGGUGGGCCCUGUGGGCCUGCUCCCAGCUCCAGGAAAACUCCAGAAAGACCAGAUUCUCAAACAUUCAUAAUAGUGAGUGUGGGUCCGGACCAGGAGGCAAUAAAGUGUGUGGUUGACUCCAUAACUCUGGGGUCUCACUGCGGAAAAGAGGAGGUGAUUCAGACCCAUCCUGAGGUCUCCCUCUUAGGCCAAAUGCCCACCUGGCAUUCGGGAAAGUACAGAACAUUCCCUUUCAGCAAGAGGGGCACAGUCAGUCUCACACAGAAGCCUCAGGGUGGGGAGCUUGGUGAGUGGCUUCUUAUCUUAGGGUUCCCGUGGAAGCAGACCUGAGACAAGGAUUUGAGUGUCAGUUUUUUUGGCCGUGAUCCCAGAAUGACUGGUUGGGGGUGAGGACAUGUGCCCAGAGAGGAGGCAGCCCGUCAAGAGUGCUUUAUCAGGUGAGUCACGGGGGCAGCUGGAGCUCCAUCCCACUGAAUGAUUUAGCUUCUCACCCCAGAGUUAUCCCAGCCCAGGGGCAAGGGGCGAGGGACAGGGAAUUGAUUCACCAACUCCCACAAGCUCUGCUCCGGAAGGUGUUAAUUCCCCAGCACUUCUGGAUCGCAGGCAAAGCGGGUUCCAGGGGCCACAGAGAACCACCUGCCAGGCCUGGACCCCCGAGGGGGCAGGGCGGGGCCGCCACAGCCUCUGCUGCUCUCCACUCCUCCAGCAGAUAUGGGCCACCAUUGUCAAAGUCAAGGAACCCCGCAGGAUCUUGUCCUCCCUUGCACCAGGAGAGAGAUGUCUCCCCCAUCCUGGAUGUUCUCUGUCUUCCCUCCCCACGGGUCUCCUAGAUUCUAGGCCCAGCCUCUGGCACAAGUGUCAAAGGGGCUCUGCUGACGGUGGAGACCUGGUGAGGGUGGGGAGCAGCGUCCUCAGCAGGCGCCAGGGGAUGGUGGGACCCAGGGCUGGAGCAUCUGGAAGGAAGCGGCGCCUGCCUUUUGCACUGUCCAGAUUUACCCCUGAACUUUGUUAGGCUGCAAGAGUGCUGGGCUCCCCAGCCAGGAUGCACUACCAUGUCUAGCCCUGGAGAUCUCCCUGCUCUGCGAAGAGGGAGGGGACACACGUCCUCCCACAAAUAAGGCUGUGGCACAGGAGGGAGGGAGGGAGAGGCAGGCCUGGGUGCACACACAGGGUUUCUCAGGAGUCACCUCAGCAAAGGGUGGGUAGUACAAACCUCAGCGUCUGAAAGGUCUUCAGGAAUUUUCUAAGCCUCAAGAUUUCUCCAAGUGUGGGCUGUGGCCUGCCUGCCUCAGAACCAUGAACAGAGCUGGUCAGAAGGCCACCUCCUGGGGACCCCACCCUAGACAACUGCAGUCAGAAUCUUGGGGCUGGGAGAGGGGGUGGCUGGGAAUCUGCAUUUUAAGACUGCCCUGGUGGUUCCCCAUGAAUCUGCAUUUUAACAGACUGCUCUGGUGUUUCCCCACGCGGCUCAGCAAGGUGGGGUUGCAGUUGGGAAAUAUGGGGUGCUGGGGGCUGAGCUAGCUCCCCACUCCCCACCCCAGGCCAGCUCUGAUUCCCUCAACAUUCAGUCCAGACAGGCCUGAGGACCCACAAGGCCUUCGAUCAGCCCAUCUCCAUUCAGUCUUUCUCCUCAGAGGGAGGUCACAGGCUCUUAAAAUGCCAUUGCCAUAGUAACAGCAUCCAACUAGUGGGAACCACAGGCAGGGAGCCAGGGAACCUGGGGUGCAAGGAUGGAACUAACUUCUGAGAGACCACAGCUACUGCUGGAGGCAGGAUGCAGUGAUCCAAUAAUCUUUGUGUGGGAGGAGUCCCCGAGGUCACCUUUUCCAUCCAUCUGCCUCCAGAAAGAACUGUACCCCCAAAACUUGUCUUCUCAGCAGUCCCUGGGGGAGGAGGGGAUGCAGAAAUAGAAUAUAAAAAUGAAUAUUCAUAACAUAUGAAAACAGUGAAUAAUAUUAUUUUAGCUAACAUUUAUUUUGCAUUCUCUUUGUGUCUAGUUUUAUGCUAAGCCCUUUACCAAAUUUAUAGGACCCAUCAGUUUUUUCACAAC